UUAGGGUUGUCGACAGAAAGGCAGUCCGACCUGGGGACAUUUAUGGUCCCCUCCCCAGAUGGGGACUCCGAGUCUGGUGUGGGAGUCGCCAUGAUGAUUUUAAAAUUUUUGAGUGAAGGGUGUGUGUGUUAUUAGGUGCUUGUAGUUUUGUGUGGAGGAAGAGAGUUGUCUUUAGAGGGCAGGCUGUGACUGCCCCCUUGUGUUGUGAGACACAAAGGGAAACAUUCAGUGAGGUCACAGCUGGGUUUAAUGAUAAGUUCACAGCACCCCCUGAACAGUGUUUUAGACCUCACUGGGAGUAAUGGUAAUUACACUGUAUACACUGGCCAAAUAAGUGCCUCUGACCAGCUGAGUCAACAUAACUAUGUGAGGAGGGAGAGAAGCAGUUGUGUCUGUUCUCCAUUUUCUUGAAGUGAGUUAUGUAGAAUUUUCAGUCAUGCAUUUUCGUAACACUAUUAUCUUGUUAUAUUUUACAGGUCAUUUCCAAAAUGCUUGGUGAGGUGGAGCGAAGUGCAGAAGGAUCCCAAGAGAACCUCGAGGAAGUUGUGCGACCUAGAAGGCUUUCAACUGAUACAGAAUAUCAGGAAAAUGAGAACUCAGAUGAGGAACAAGUGGAAGGAGAAAAUAGUUUCUGUGCAGUGCCUGUGGACCAUCCUGUGGAGAUACCUCAUGACCGCAAACUGCUCUCUCACAAAUUCUUGUUGAGUAUAAUAUUUUCACGUUGCCGGGAUAGUGCUGCCUCUGUGCGCUCCAAGGCACUUACACUUCUUGCUGAGUGCACUCUGUCCACCAACCGCACUAUUAUGCUGGCAAUGCAGCAAAUAUUUGUCAAUAAUAAGUCCCUUAUGUUUACCACACCUCAUAUUACUAGUAACAACAUUAACCUUGAGUCACCAGUUCAAGAGAAUGAGGAGGUUGAGGAGGAGGAACUGAAAUUUCCAAAUGCAUCACUGGUUGUGUCAAUGUUGCGUCGUCGUGCUCUUGAUGACAAAGUGACUGUGCGCAAGUCAGCACUUCAAGUACUAGAAAAUCUCAUGAAACUCCACAAUGAUAUGCUCACCCAUCAAAAUCUUGCGGUGCCUUCAGAAGUUACGUGCGGAGCAAGCACGAGGCUGGAUGGUGGUUCCUCUGUGGCCGUCCCAGUUUUGGAUGGGCAUGCUGCUCCAGUUGCUAAUAGACUUCCCACGUUUGAUAACGAACAGGAGGAAUGUUCUAACACACCCGUCCACAACAGAUCCACACCCCAUCAUGUCUCACACGAGGCUCAUGGCAUGCCUUCUGUCAGGGAAAACUUGCAGAAACGAGGAGUUUCGCCGGCUGCUGCGGACAUCAUACUUGCCUCCUGGAAACCAGGUACUGAGAGGCAAUACCGCCCACAUGUCCAGAGGUGGUCGUUGUUUUGUGGUAGACGGAAUGUCGAUCCCACUUCUCCAACUGUAAGUCACAUUGUAAAUUUUUUGACGGAAACCUUUGACAGGGGUGUGGGUUAUGAGUGUGUGAACACUGCGAGGGGUGCCCUGUCUUCUCUCGGCAUUGUGGUGGACGGAUGCAGGGCAGGAAAUCACCCUUUGGUCAUCCGAUUCAUGAGAGGGGUUUUCAAUCUUAGAACUCCUCAGCCCAGGUACACUGACACUUGGGACGUCCAACCUGUCUUAGAGCAACUAAGGUCCAUGUUUCCCUUACAAGCAUUAACCCUUAAAGAAUUAAAGCUAAAAUUGGUUAUGAUGAUGGCCUUAACUCAAGCUGCCAGAAUUCAAACUUUACAACUACUGUUAAUCAGAGACAUGCUCAUUAAUGAACACUCCAUUUCAGUACAGUUGGGGGGCACUCUUAAACAAUCCAGACCAAAUUUUAAUAUCAACAGGGUCACAUUCCAUCGUUACCCUAAGGAUCCACGAUUAUGUGUCUGUAGCACUCUCCUGAGGUACAUUGAUGUGACUAAAGAGCUUAGACAGGAUGAGAUGCACACUGAUGCCAGGCUCCUCAUUAACUUCAUAAAACCCCACAAAUCAGUUUCCAAAGACACUAUUGCCCGUUGGGUCAGGACCAUUCUCCGCAUGUCCGGCAUAGACAUCUCAAAGUUUUCCGCUGGUAGUGUGCGGCCAGCAGCAGCUUCAAAAGCUGGAGUGGCGGCUGUCCCUGUCGCAUGCAUUAUGGCUAAGGCGGGCUGGUCUAGGGAAUCUACCUUUGCAAAAUAUUAUAAUAAGAACAUUGUGGCUGCUUCUGACCUCUUUCAGGAUGCAGUGCUAGAAUAAGACAUGAUUUGGGUUUGUUGCUGCACUCCAGUGUUGCAGUACACGGAUAUUUUAAGUAUUUAGUAUUUAGUACCUUAGGUUUACCUUAUGAUGUGAACUGUUACCAUAUUUCAACAUUGUUUGUAGAUUGGAUUAAGUUGGAUGCAAUGUACCUUAUUUUAUGCACCAAUUGUAUGAUUGUCUCAUGUACAAGAUCCUUCCAUGGAAUAAUAGUUAUAGUACUAUUUCU